AUGCUUCGUUGUAUGGCAGGAAGGUUACAAAUUCUUAACAGGAGGUUAGCAACUCCUAACAUUCCACUCUUACGUGGGAUGAGUCAGACGGUAGUAAGGAAAACAAUAGGAAGUACGCAAAAUGGUUCAUCGACCCCGGUGAAACAAACGACGUUUCCAGAUUUGACCGCUAUGAAGUUGGAUUCUAACGGUUCGAAAGAUUUGUAUGCUGUCUUCAAGCUCCAUAAUAUUCCAUUUUUAGUUAGUAAGGGAGACAAAGUGGUAUUACCCUACAAACUUAAGAAUGUUGAAGUGGGUGACCUGUUGGUAUUGAAGCAAAUCACAACUUUGGGGUCGCCCGAAAUAACGUACAACGAUGAAAAUGGGAUUUCAGAUGAGUUAUAUGAAAUUAACGCAAAUGUUGUGGAGAUCACAAGGGAGCCAUAUUACGAGGUUUAUCGUAAGAAACAGAGAUGCAGAAGAAAGAAGACAUUCCCAGUGCAAAACUUCCAGACAAUUUUACGAAUCAGUGAGCUUAGGCUCAAAUGA